GUCGACCCGGUACAGUACAUCAUUGAGACCGUCGUUGACCAGCUUUCAGACAAUCCUGACCGUAGAUUCAUUCAAGUCGAGCAGGGUUUUUUCUAUCGUUGGUGGGAACGCCAGCACGAACCAAUGCGGGAUAAAGUACGGAAGCUGGUGGCUUCUGGCCGAUUGGAGUUCAUCAACGGCGGGUGGGUGAUGCAUGACGAGGCGUGUGCACAUUACACGGACAUGGUGCAUCAGAUGGCCAUGGGGCACCGCUUCCUCAUGGCGACAUUCAACGUCACCCCGCGCAUCGCCUGGCAGAUCGACCCCUUCGGCCACUCUGCUACUCAAGCCAGCCUCAUCACUGCUCAGGCGGGGUUGGAAGCCGUGUUCAUGGGGAGGGUGGACCAGCAGGAAAAGGAGUCUCGUUUGGCCGCCAAAACAAUGGAGUUUGUGUGGCGGGCAGACGGGGCGACGCAGAGAGAAAACCAGGUGCUGGGAAUGGUAUCCUAUGAUGGUUACUACUCGCCCUCACAGUUCCGCUACCAGGACUCAGACGAUCCUUCUUACCGCAUUCAGGACAAUCCCUAUGGGGGGUCGCCCAACGUGCAGCGCCUGGUGGACGAGUUUGUAGCGGAAGUGACCAAGAGGGCGGAGGGCUUUAAGACGAAUCACCUGCUGUUCCCCAUGGGCGAGGACUUUGCGUUUGACCGCGCCAUCUUGUGGUUCAAGAACAUGGACAAGCUCAUUCACUACGUCAACCUGGACGGGAGGGUGAACGCGCUCUAUUCCACGCCAUCCAUGUAUCUGGACGCACUCCACUCUGCCAAUGCCACGUGGCCUCUCAAGACUGGUGACAUGUUCCCCUACCAGGACGACGGGCCCUACUGGUCCGGCUACUUCAGCAGCCGCCCCUCUCUGAAGCUCCUCGCGCGCUCCUGCAGCGCCCUGCUGCUGGCCACCACAGCAGCAGAGGCAGCAGUGGGGAAGGAAGCGCUACAGGCAUGGGGCAUGGCGACGGGGCGCAUGAUGGUACUGGAGCACCUUGUGCUCGACACACACAUGGGCAAGACGACCAGAGACAGCCAGAAGGAGGAGAAGCAGGCGGAUGGGGGGGAGAGUGCGGGAGGGGUGGAGCGGAUGAGGGUGGGGUGGGAGAGCGAGCGGCGGGUGCGAGUGGCGAGCUCGUUCCGGUUGGAGGAGGCGGUGGCAGUGGUGCAGCACCAUGAUGGCAUCACAGGCACGGCGCAGCAGCAUGUUACCGAUGACUACUCUGACAGGCUGCACCGCGCUUCUGAGGAGGAGGCGGUGGCAGUGGUGCAGCACCAUGAUGGGAUCACAGGCACGGCGCAGCAGCAUGUUACCGAUGACUACUCUGACAGGCUGCACCGCGCUUCUGAGGAGGUGAGGGUUGCACGGAUAGAGGUUGAUCCCUUCAGUGCACGGGUAGAGACUGCUCCUGUGAGUGUAUGGCAUGGGCUAGAGGAGGCGGUGGCAGUGGUGCAGCACCAUGAUGGGAUCACAGGCACGGCGCAGCAGCAUGUUACCGAUGACUACUCUGCUCUGCUGCACCGCAUUGCUGAGGAGGUGAGGGAUGAGUGCAUGGGUAGAGAGGAAUCAGCCGUGCUGACACCUCAUCAUGCGAGGCACCAUCCCCCCUCUCCAGGCACUUCACACACCCCACCAUCCCCAUCCGUACCCCCUCCUGCCAACUUCCCCUCCCAUCUCCCAACCUCCCAUGCCCCACCCUACCAACCGCCCAUGCAGGCAUCAGCCGUGCUGACAGCAGCACUGGCGCACCUCAUCACGCGAGGGACCCUCCCCCCAUCCCCAUCCGUACCUCCAUCCAACCUCUCCUCCAACCUCUCCUCGCGGGCAGCAGCAGCCGUGGAGUUCACAUUUAGGGAGGACAGUGUCGAGCAGCGCGGGUGGGGGUUCUGGAACCAGUUAGCAGAUGGAGCAGAGGAGGAGGACGAGGAGGAUGAGGAAGAUGAGGGGGACGAAGAGGGUAAGGCACGCAACAAAAUCGACAGGAUGAAUGAGUUAUUGUAUGAGGCGGAUAGAGCAGGUGCGGCGGCGGAUGACGAAGAUGAGGGGGAUGAGGAGGCGGGAGAGGGAGAUGUGCCCUCUGCUCAACAUCUCCUAUUGCCCUCCAACCGAAACACCCCUGCAGCCAGAUCAGACCCUGUUCCAUACGCACCGCUUGUCUCCAUGCUUCCUCCCUCCCACCCAUAUCCUUAUACCCGGGCACCUUUGAGAAUUCCCAAGGCACCUUUGAGAACUCCCAAGGCACCUUUGAGAAUUCCCAAGGCACCUUUGAGAACUCCCAAGGUACCAUUGGGAAUUCCCAAGGCACCUCAUCCAUAUCAUAUCGGCCCACACGUCUCCACCUUUCUCAUCCAUCCAUACCCAUCGGGCCAUCCCACAGGUGGUGGUGGCCUUCAACCCUCUUAUGAGGUGGUGGUGGCCUUCAACCCUCUCGCGUGGUCCCGCUCUGAAGUGAUUCGAUUCCCGGUGUCAUCCCCCUACCUUCUAGUCACUGAUGCCUCUGGCGCCCCCAUCCCCUCUCAAAAACUUCAAGAGACCCUCCUCUCCCCUCCCUCUGUUCCCCCCGUCUCUCCGCCUCUCCCACUGCUCUCCCUGACAGGGAGACGCUCGUCACCCCCGCCACCCCGCUCCACCUACAUUGCUGCUUACACUGGCGUGGGGGAAAUAGUAGGAGAGGUGGAGGGGGAGGAGGAAGGGGUGGAGGGGGGGGAAGGAGGGGAGGAGGGAGCGGAGGAGGGGGAGGAGGGGGAUGAGGAGGAGGGCGGGGGAGGGGGAGGGAGGAGGAGGAGUGGCGGUGCUGCUGGUGCUGGCACGGACGGUGGGGAGCGGGCUGCGUUGCGUGUCUCGUUCUCCAAGUCAGCGGUGGGCAUGCAGCGGAUGGAGCUGGUCUCUCGGAGUGCCAAUGGCACGGAGGAGGUUGUGCGCAUGGGCAUGGCAGUGAGUGCCAGCAUGAUGGAGUAUGCCACAUUCGCCGGCGGCGCAUACAUCUUCCAACCCUCCAAGCCAGCCAUGCCCAUCACCUCCACCAACGCCACCUACCAGGUGCCCAUUCACAUCCAGCGUGGACCAAUCGUGGAGGAGUUCAGCCGCCAGAUCACUCCAUGGAUCUCUGAGGUGAGUGCACUUCCUUCACCUCCUUCUCCUCCACCUCCUUGA